AAUGUCAUGUUGGUCGGACAAACUGAUUGCCGGCAUAUAAUAAAAACAUUGGCUCAUAAAUAUCGUCAUGAUAAUAAAAAAGUGAACUUCUACGUCGUUGAGAAUUGUAUGGAAAUGAUUGCUAGACAAAUGGUGAUGAGUUUAAUAAUGCUAGAACCCCUGGAAGACAUUGGACUGCAGAAUAAAACCUUGAUGUUUAUGGAGUUUUAUGGUAACACGUUGAUGAGACCUGCAACUACAAAAUACAUAUCUAAUAAAUCGUAUCAUUUACGAAAUUUGGUAUCAGAUAGCAAGCAGAUGCUAGAAGAUAUACCCAGUUUUGAUCUGUCUUCAUUGAAGUACAAACAACGUGACUACUUGGAUACCUUGUUCAAAUUUUGGAGCAGCCCUAAUAAAGAUUUUGACAUUGUUAAGAUUUGGAACAAUAAGGUUAGACGAAUGACAAAAACUCGGUACGAUUAUAGGAAUGGUGUUUUUGAUUGGGAUUAUAAUAUGCGUAUAAAAUCUGACACUGAUAUCACAAGCAUAUGUGCCCAGGAAUAUAAAUAUUUCAGAGACACAGGAAUUGCUUUUACACGCUUAGAUUGCGAAUAUUUUGAUGCCAAUUUGAGUUUGGCGGCAGGAAUUAUCCAAGAUGGUGACAGAAUGCUCAUUAGUGGAUUUUUAGGGGAUAUAGUAACUGGUCCUUACAUAACUUACGGUUUGGAUUGUGAAGACAAGGAUAUGAUGGUAAUAGCAAAUCGUGCCAACGCUAAAAGAGUUACAGAUAUUAUAGAGCGUAAUAUAACACGAUAUUUCCAUGAGAUUGCUACAGGUACUCCAUACGUCCACCAGAAAAUUUUGGAAGAAGACAAAUACUGCAGUGGAUCAGCUAUAUAUCUUCUACCCGAUGCCAGACAAGGCCGAUGUAUUACUAAAACUUACGACCAUUCUCCUUGGAAACCUUUACUUACUAAUCACAAGGAUAAAAUAUAUUUUGCAGCAAAUAGAACUUUUAAAAGAAAUGCCUAA